AUGCAGCAGAGAUUUGGCUCCAGGGGUGGCUCCAGAGGUGACACAUACCAGCCUAACACUCUUAAGAGAAAGAGAAGAUUAGGAUUCCUUGCCAGAAUGAAGUCUCGUACCGGAAGACAAAUCGUCAAAAAGAGAUUUGAAAAGGGUCGUUGGUUCUUGACCCACUGA